AUGCCACCGAGAAAACGACCAAAGCUCUCAUCGCGCGCAACAUCCAGUACGCCGCAAGUCGAGACCACAAAGCAGCCAACAUCCGCGAAUAGUACAACAGGCAGCGCACAAAAAUCAGACACAGAGAAUGACUUAAUCAAUGAUCCAUGGACAGACGAACAGGAAACAGCGUUGCUGAAAAGCAUCGUAAGAUGGAAGCCAGUUGGAAUGCAUAAACACUUCAGAAUGUUGGCUAUUGCGGAGUAUAUGAAAAGUCAAGGAUAUGCACCUGCAGACGAGGAGCAUACCCGGAUUCCAGGAAUUUGGAAAAAGCUCAGUUCGCUUUACAAUCUCCCUGCGCUGGACGAAAGGGAGGACUCGAUCAUCUCUCGAGACGCGGACGAGUCGGACGGAUCAGAAUACUGCCCUUUUGAAUUACCUGAGGACGAAUACGGCGAGAUGAUGUUUGCGAAACGCCUUGCAGCAGAAAGAUCAGAAUCACCGGCGGAGACAUCUGUCCAUCCUGAAUCGAGGAGGGGUAGUACGGUUGCUGACACUGAUGAACCGCGUUCUUCCCCCGCACCCUCUCGUGGCCGACGCGGAAAGCCGACAAGAGCAUCCACUCGCGGUACACGCUCGACAAGAUUACAAGUCGAAGUUGAGCGCCCAUCUUCAUCGAGCGUCGCCACCGAGGACGAACACAUGGAGGAUGCGGAUGCGGAUGAGGAAGAUGGCGAGGAAGGAGAUAGCGAUGCCGGCGAAGCUGAAGGCGAUAAUGAUGGCGAGGAGGCUGAUGCAGAAACCGCAAGUUCACCAACGACCAGAAGCACGCGGACGCAAACUGCAAAGUCGAAAAAAGAUAAAAAGAGUGCUGCUGCUAGUAGCACGACUACGAGGCGGACUGGGAGACGACGCUGA